AUGGAUUCCCCUAUUGUGACGCAGCUGUUCCGGCAGCUGUUUCGACAACGGCCGCGCGGAUGCCAGGGUCAUUUGCGCACGACAACGACACUUCGCAGCCAGAGCAGCCAUCGACUGCCCGUCACCGCAACCGCGAGCCACCAUAACGGUCGCGGCUACGCUACCAGGCCGUCCAUCGACCGCGGCAUGAAGCGCAACGAGAGUCGGUGGCAGCAGCGAACGAACAUCCUGCCCGAGGACCGCACCGACGAGUUCGAAAAGUAUCCGUACAUCUCCGCCGAUGAGCUUAAACAGCGGACAGAGCGGCCGCGCAAGGUCAAGAUGCUGCUUCGAGACUUUAUCGAGGACUCCCUAUACAACCCGGCGUACGGCUACUUCUCCAAGCAGGCCGUCAUCUUCAGCCCCGGCGAGCCGUUCGACUUCAACGCCAUGCGCGACGAGAUUGAGUUCCAGGCCGCCGUCGGCCGGCGCUACACCGAGUUCGAGGACGCCCUCGACGCCGCCUCCGAAACCGGGCCGGACCCGACGCGACAGCUCUGGCACACGCCCACCGAGCUCUUCCGGCCCUUCUACGGCGAGGCCAUCGCGCGCUACCUCGUCUCCAACUACCGCCUCACUACCUACCCCUACCACGACCUCAUCGUCUACGAGGCCGGCGCCGGCCGCGGCACCCUCAUGCUCAACAUCCUCGACUACAUCCGCGCCGUCGACCCGCAGGUCUACGCGCGCACGCGCUACCACGUCGUCGAGAUCUCCCCCGCCCUCGCGACCUUGCAGGCCGCCUCGCUGCGCGGCCACGCCGACCACGUCUCCAUCGUCAACCGCUCCAUCUUCGACUGGGACCGGUACGAGCCCAGCCCCUGCUUCUUCCUCGCCAUGGAGGUCUUCGACAACCUCGCGCACGACGGCAUCCGCUACGACCUCGCCACCGAGGCGCCCCUGCAGGGCCACGUGCUCGUCGACGCCGACGGCGACCUCUACGAGUUCUACGUCCACGGGCUCGACCCCGUGGCCGCCCGCUUCUUCCGAGUCCGCCACGCCGCCACCGGCGGCGCCUACCCGCGGCCGUACCCUGCAAACCCGCUGCUGCGCCGCCUCGCCGCCCGCAUGCCCUUCGCGCCCAACCUCUCCCGCGCCGAGUACGUGCCCACCCGGCUAAUGCAGUUCUUCGACGUCCUCGAGCGCUACUUCCCGGCGCACCGCCUCGUCACCUCGGACUUUGACGCCCUCCCGCAGGCCGUCCCGGGGCUCAACGCGCCCGUCGUCCAGACGCGCUACAACCGCCGCAUGGUCCCCGUCACCACGCCUCUGGUCCACCAGGGCUACUUUGACAUCCUCUUCCCCACAGACUUUGCCAUCGCCGAGGCCAUGUACAGGGCCGUCACCGGCAAGCUGACGCGCGUCAUGUCCCACGGCGACUUCCUGCGGCGAUGGGCCUACGUCGAGGACACGCAGACGCGGAGCGGCGAGAACCCGAUGCUGUCGCACUACAAGAACGCGAGCGUCAUGGUGACUGUAUAA